CUAAAGAUUCUUCCUCUCUCAAACCAUACAAAAAAAACUUCAGAUUCUACAGAAAAAAAAAAGAGCGAAACUCGUUCUGAAACAUCUGUAGAAACCCAGAAAUUCGAAAGCGAAAUUAAUGGAGAAUAUGUUUCGGAUGGUGGGCCAUGAGGAUUUCGCCUCUCGCCGGUGCAUUUGGGUCAACGGACCGGUCAUCGUCGGAGCAGGACCGGCCGGUUUAGCCACGGCGGCGUGUCUCCGCGAACAGAACGUCCCCUUCGUCGUGCUCGAGAGAGCAGAAUGCGUCGCCUCUCUCUGGCAGAACCGCACUUACGACAGGCUCAAGCUCCAUCUCCCCAAGCAAUUCUGCCAAUUACCCAAAAUGCCCUUCCCUGACGACUUCCCCGAGUACCCCACGAAGCGUCAGUUCAUCCAGUACCUUGAGUCCUACGCAAAGCGGUUCGAGAUCAGUCCCGAAUUCAACGAGUGUGUUCAGUCCGCCAGGUUCGACGAGACCAGCGGGUUGUGGCGUGUCAAGACCGUGUCGACCACCGAGUCGAGUCGGAACGAGGUCGAGUACAUUUGCCGGUGGCUCGUUGUCGCCACCGGCGAGAAUGCUGAGCGCGUGAUUCCGGAGAUCGACGGAUUGAAUGAAUUCUCCGGCGAGGUGAUUCACGCCUGCGACUACAAAUCCGGAGAUAAGUUCGCGGGAAAGAGAGUUCUCGUCGUCGGUUGUGGAAACUCCGGCAUGGAAGUGUCUCUCGACCUGGCAAACCACUUCGCUAUGCCUUCCAUGGUCGUUCGAAGCUCGGUUCACGUGCUGCCGAGAGAGAUCGUGGGGAAAUCGACGUUCCAGCUUGCUGUGACGAUGAUGAAAUGGCUUCCUCUAUGGCUCGUCGACAAGCUAUUGUUGAUAUUGGCCUGGUUCGUGCUUGGGAACAUCGAGAAAUACGGUCUGAAAAGGCCGGAGAUUGGUCCGAUGGAGCUCAAGAACGAGAAAGGCAAAACUCCAGUGCUCGACAUCGGAGCUCUGGAGAAGAUCAGAUCGGGACAGAUCAAAGUGGUUCCAGGGAUCAAAGGAUUCAAUGGAAAGCAAGUCGAGCUCGUCAACGGAGACAGACUGGACGUUGACUCGGUGGUUCUCGCCACUGGGUACCGCAGCAACGUACCUUCUUGGCUUCAGGAGAGUCAGUUCUUCUCGAAGAAUGGGUUUCCGAAAACGCCGUUUCCAAACAGCUGGAAGGGGAAAUCGGGACUUUAUGCGGUGGGGUUCACGAGGAGAGGGCUCUCAGGCGCGUCUGCAGACGCUGUCCGAAUCGCUCAAGACAUCGGCUCUGUCUGGAAACUCGAAACCAAACAGCCCAGGAAACGAUCCACCGCUUGUCAUCGCCGAUGCAUUUCUCAGCAGUUUUAAUUAAUCAACAAUUUAUAUAUAUAUAUAUAUAUAUUUUAUAUAUAUAUAUAAAGAAGUAUUUCAGUAGAGGAGAUUGGAUCAGGAUUCAGGACAGAUAACAGAUAGAGAGACAGAGGUCCUGAAGGCCCAAACUAAACUGGGUGUAUAUGUUUUUUUAUUUAUUACCUCCACUUGUUUUUGGGCGUUUUGUAAAUCUGGGGAAGAUUGCGGUGUUUCUUUUUCUUUAAUUUCAUGAUUUUUUUAAAUGUACAAUCAUUCCCUUCUUUUAUAUUUUCUGAUUGACUAU